GCUGGUGGUGUGCGCGUGCGUUCGGUGCAGUGCGUCAGAGCCGCGAGUGGUGCAUGUGCUGUGAGUGAGUUGUGAGCGGUGAAGUGAAGUGCGUGUGGCAACAGGUGUGCCCAGGCGGUGCGCGUUGCACAAAAUGUGAAAAAGUUACGUGAUACCUGGGUAGCACCAACAGCUGAGCAAGAAAAUGUCAGGUGAAGGCGCAGGCAGUCGAGAAACCUCAAUUAGUGAUAGUCCUUAUGAAUGUAAAAUGGAAGACGUGCAAAAAUGUGAGGGUGCGGCGGACAGUACGAAAAAUACUGACGGUUCUGUUACGGCUGAUAGUGCUAUUAAAGCUAACGGCCAGAUAGAUUUAUCACCAAAUGAAGAUAAAGAUGAUGAUAGUGAUAUGGGUGACAUAGAUAAAAGUCCGGUUCAUGUAUGGAAUGAGCCUGUAUCGCCUGUAGACAGUGAAGCCGAUCAGUUUCAAGAUGCAUUUGAUUCAUUUCAUAGUAUAGAUAAUAUUGAUAAUGUGACAGUUUCAGAAGUUAAAUCUGUGAACACUAAAUGUGAUAUACAACAAUACAGCCAACAUAACAACAACUCUAAAAAUGUUGCUGACUCAGAAUUCAGUGCUGAAGAUAGUACUUCAAAUGGCAGUGAGAGCAGUACAAUGAGUGAAAGAUCUCAAGAAUGUGAUGAGAAUAGGUGCAUACAAGAUCAGCAAGGUAUGUUAGUGGAAGAGGGAGUAGAAACAUCAAAUGAACGUAGUCUGAAAGGGAACUCUGAAGAACAGUCAGAAAAUGUUAAAGACGUAAUUGAUGAGGUUAUUAGUGAAUGCUGUGGUAAUGGUGAUGAGAAAAAACACCAACUCAGUAUGGAUUGCACACUUGUUAAGGAUUUACCACAAGUAACACAGUUACAAGUUGUUGGGGAAAAGGAUUCUAUAAGGACAGAGGAAAACCAGUCUACUACAAAGGGAAGCACUGUAACAGAGGAGAGUGGUGAGGAAGAUGGGGUCAUGGACUUCCUUGGCAAGAGUAACAAUCAAGCAGAGGCACGCCUUGCUGCACGGAGGCAAGCAAGAGCAGAGGCCCGUGAGAUCCGCAUGCGGGAGCUUGAACGACAGCAGAAGGAACUUGAAGAAAAUGCUGACAAAGUCUACGAUAUGUACACGGAUCCAACAUCACGAGCAGCGCGUGUGGCAGCCACUGUUACAUCAGGAAGACUGUCUGCCGGUGCAGGUGGCAGUAGCGGGAGUUAUACGUCCAGCCGCAGAUCUUCCGAGGACUCUUUGGAGGAAGGUAUCAACCUUCGGGAUGUUAGGCUGGAGCUGAAGGAGGUAGAGGAGAAGUUCCGGAAAGCUAUGGUCCAGAAUGCCCAGUUGGACAAUGAGAAAGCUUCAUUGACAUAUCAAGUGGAGCUGUUAAAGGAUAGACUCGAAGACCUGGAGGAACAGCAUGCACAGCUGCAGAGAGAACACCGUGAUAAAUGCAGGGAGCAUGACCAGCUUAAGAGAGCAGCAACGAAGUUGAAGGAGGAAGUAGAGUGGUUUCGAAUUCAACUUGAGGAAAGAGAUCUCCUAAUCAAGGAAGCAGGCAUGACAAUAGUUGGCGAUGACCAUGUGUCAAGUGAAGAUGAUAGUGGAGGGGAAAGUGGUGGGACCCCGACACGACAACCACCUUCCAAACCUCGAAGAGCACUGGUGUCCAUUGAAUCCGCGGAACUCCUUGGAACAGCUGGCGAAGGCUCGCUUGAUGUACGACUGCGUCGGAUAGCAGAGGAACGCAAUGAGCUGCUGGAUGAGGUGCGUCAUCUCAAGUUGGAGCUCGAGGAGUCACGCAGCCGUCAGCAUAAAGUGUCGGGGUUGGGUACAGGAUUGACAAAUUCUGUUGCCAGCCUGAAUGGGCCAGACACUUCGGGUAUAGCUGCAGAUCUGCAGAGAGAAGCAAAUAAACAGCUGGGAGACUACAAGUUCAAGCUGCAAAAGGCUGAGCAAGAUGUGUCAACACUGCAGGCAAAUGUGGCGCGACUGGAAAGCCAAGUUAUUCGUUACAAAGCAGCAUCGGAAUCUGCUGAGAAAGUUGAAGAUGAGCUGAAAGUGGAAAAGCGGAAAUUGCAGAGAGAGGUUCAUCAGUUGACCCAGCGCUUGAUGGACACAGAAGAAGUGAAUAAAGCCUUGACCAGUGAGAUUGACCAAUUAAAGACUACACUCAGAUAACGUUACGUGAAGCCCAGGCACGGAUUGAAGAACUGGAGACGACCAACACACACCUCCAACGACGCCUUGAUAAGCUGAAGAGUGCCAAGUCUGCCCUGCUGAAAGAGCUGUGAGGCUCAUUUGCAACCUUACAUGCUGUAGCUCUAACUACUUGCAGCAUUUGUUCUCGCUUUGGCUGUCUCCACUGUGUAAUUGGCAAUAUCCGUGCCAUUUGCAAUGUACUGAAAUUAAUAUCAGGACAGUUUACCAUAGCAAGAAAGCUGAUAAAAGCAAAUCUCCUCAUCUGCUCUAGAGAGUUAAAUUUGUGUGCACCCUCCUGACAUUUUAAAUUUUUUAUCUCAUGUGUCAGAUGUUAUCCGGCCUCAUGAUAACUGAUAAUAUGUGUUGAGAAAAGUGCACGGACAGCCUGUGGUUUCAUUUGCAUAAACCACGUACAACAAAGUCCAAGAUAAUUCAGUUCAUCUGUUGUUACAUUAAAAUACAUUUGUCCGCAGCAUUGAGCAUGUGCUGCCUGUUGUGUAACAGUGUUCAUAAAAAAGGGGUAUUACUUUGCUACUUGCCCCACCCCCCCAAGUCACACAAUGUUACUAUUUAUUUGUCAGCUUGACACAGAAGUUGAAGUGUGAUUAACAGUCAUAACAAAAUCAAGUGGAAAAUCUGAUGACCUGCUUUACUCGCAACCUUCAAAAUUGUAUCCAUUUUGAUCUAGUUGUACUGCAAAACUCUAAAACCAUGCUACUUUUAAAACAUUUGUGCUUAUCAUUCUAAACAUUUUAAAACUUUCUGAAUUUAUUAACCCGCUUCAUUGUGCUUUAUUUUAUAAUGAAAAUUGGAGAAAUCUUUACACAGCAGUUGAAAGAUAAAAGAUUUUGGUUCUCAUCUAGUUAACUGUUAGUAUACAGUUCAUAUUUAGUAAGACUGAAACUCUGCUGUUUCUUUGACUUUGAGGUAUUGUGCAUUAAGAAAUACCAUAUUCUUUCUGAGGACUGUUAGCUGACAAGUAAAUUUUCAUAUUGAAGCAGUGUACCCUCUUAGGUCAUUUAAUGCAGUUAGUUUCACGUACAUCACAGUUUGAUUUGUUUUUACUGAUAUCACCCUAAAGUAAAUGGGCAAUAAUUUAGUCGGCAGUUUUUUUACCUGUAGAAUAAUAUUUUGUGAUACAAAUAAUUUUUAUGUCAUGGCUGGUAUUUGCAAGAUUUUUUUGUGAAGUUGUGGAAAAAGCUUUAGAACAUAAUGAGCUAUAUGUUACUAUUGCAUAAUUAUAUUUCACUGUGGUGUGCAUAAGAAAUAUACUGUUAUAAAUAUGGCAACUGGCAGGUACAUAUUUUUGUUGAACAGCAGUUAAUGUGUUUGUUAAUUCCUAUUAGUUUGUUGUAUUGUUACAUUGCAGCGCAGCCAUUUCUCUACAAGACACAUUUCAUAUAUGAUCUCAUGGCAGAGAUUGAUUGGAUUACAUCAGAUAAUCUCAGUAACUAGUAAUGUCUGUUAAAGGAAAUUUUUCUAACUUUCGUGUGUGUGCCAGUGGCAUCCAUUAUGUAAUCUGUGUGUUUGAUUUGCUGUAACAUUUUAUUAUACAUUUCAUUUCCAUUACUAUUGAUUUUAGAAUCGUAACAUUUUUUCUGUCACUCAGUCCACAGGGUGCAUAUAAUUUUGUUACAUUUUCAGUUUACAUUGAAAUUAACUGUGCUGAUUAUAUCCUAACAAAAAAUUUUAGAAUAAUUGCAAUGCUCAUGGCUUUUGUGGAGAGUCACUCCAUGUUAUUGUAAACACUCCAUAAAUCGCAAGUAUCAUUGAAAAAAAAAAAGUGUGAUAUUUAUUUGGGUGUGGUUGUGUUUUAACGUGAUGGAUGAAUGUAACGUGAACUUACCUGUUGUUUGUUUGAAUGUGUAAUUAAUUUGUAUGAUGAUUGUGUGCAUCUGUAAUUAAACUAAAAUGUGCUAAAUAAUUACUUGAAAUAUUAGGGGGAGGGAAUACUAAAAUUCAUUUACAUUUUCCUCAUAUAAAAUCAUAAUGCAAAGAAGUAAUGUUAUGUUCAGUGACACUUCAUAAUGAGUGGAAAGAACCAGUCAUAAAAAUAACCCUUAAUGGCUCCUCUGCUAUGUAACUAAUUGUUUUGUAAUUUUGACAGAAAUGAAAGAUCCAGACACUUAGACUUAAUUUCUACAUUAUAACUUUUUGUUUAUUUG